AUACUAAUUCACCAUCAAGCCAAUAAUAUCUUAAAAUAUAUUUUGUGGAUUAUGUGUGGGUAAACAUCAACAACAUGGACGUCAGAUGGCUAUUGUUUCUCACCCGUUUAGAUAACGAAAGCAUUCAGGUAUAAAUAGUAACAGUAUCAAGUUGCUAAUGGAUCUGCCUUUGUGCUAUCAAUCAAAAGUAGGGGAGGUUUCCUAUAUAAGACGAGGUGGUAAGUUUCUACGCAUUAGUAUUUCGAGGUUCCCGAAGUGAACAGUGGCCAACAUGAUUACUAGAUCUUUAGUAAGGCUACUUGUAUGUUGCGGGCUGUACAUUCUAGUACAAACACUGAUGCCCAAAGUAUUAGCAAUGAAAAGGACUUCAGACAUUGAAGAGUAUAUGAUCGGCGAACAAAGAACUAGAAAGAGGCAAAACUAUGUAGAAAAAAUGGGCAUAGAAAAUGAAUUUUUUGAAAAUGUUGACGAAGUCGGGCCAUCUUACGACACGAAACUUGUAGAAUCAUCUAAAGAACAAUUGCCUGCAUUUAUCCUAGACUAUGCUAAUAUGAUACGAAAUGAUAUCAUUCUAUUAGACAAUUCUGUUGAAACAAGAACUCGCAAAAGAGGAAACAUCAAAGUUGAAAAACACAAUCAUGCGAUACCCGAUCCGCCUUGCAACUGUGAGCACAACAAGGAUAUCAUCGACUUGGGUGAAGACUACUACCCGCGGUUUGUCGAAAAUAGAACUUGUAGUAAACAAAUGUGUUCCGAUUUCUACAUGUGCCAAUCGAACUUAUAUGAGUUAACUGUAUUGAAAAAGAGGAUUUCUAUGCAAGAAUCUCAAGUAGAUUUACCAAGUGACUUGAGACAUCGUUGGGUGGCCGAAAAACAAAUCGUGACUAUUGGAUGCGUGUGCACUAAAAAUUAUGGCAUAAAUGGUGAACAUUAAUGUUUAUAAAGACCUCCAAAACAGACCUUAGUGUGUGACUUGAAUGUUAUUGACGAGCUUUGUAAAUUAUAGAAAAUCACAUUUAUGAUUGCUAUAAGUUAGAUAUAAAAAUAAACGACUUCUUCAUUG